CGUCCCGGCGUAGAGAUCGUUGCUGCUAGUUUUCCGAGGUGUACGAUAGUAGCUGCGAAGUGCUGGGAAGAUCGUUGCUAUUUAAUUCAGUAAUAGAGCAGAUAGAAGGUGCUCCGUCGUGUGUGCCGCUAAAGCAAUAACAUUUUAAUUAAUAUCGCCGAUGCAAAUUAACUAUUUUCAUAUUGUUUGUGCAAUUAGUCUUCAAUAGGUGUAAAGCGAUACUUUGUGGAUUCGUGCAUAGUGUAUCAAGCGGUGUCCAGGUGUAAACUCGCAAAUUGCUGAAUUUAACAAAACACGUUUACAUCAGAAUCUCCAGUUACAAAACAAACCUGUUUCACAUUCCGCAUAUCAAUAUUCCUAUGCCAGUGACAAUGAAUUAGUGAUGUUCUCAGGCAGAAUCCGGAGUCUGAAGAAAUCAUGCCUAAGAUACGCUGCAGUACAAUACUCAAUAUGAAAUUACGUGCCUUAACUACACCGUCUGCUAAGAUAUUAAUCGUAAUUUUAUACCUGACCACACUACUGGGAUUAACCCGAACGCAAGCCGUCAAUACCCCAUGUCCGGACAUAUUCACUUAUCAAGCGGACCGCGCAACGGGACAGAAGUUCGGUUACAUCGAGAUCGAUAAUAUUAACAUCGGACAGGUGGUGAAACUUAACGUCGACCUCACCAUCCCUACGCGUCUACCCUCUAGCAAUAUUGGCUCGAUCACGUUGAUCAAGUCCCGCGAGGAAACCUUCAAUGACAUUUCGCAAGGUCUGCCAGCACAGUAUCGAGUUAACUUCCCCCUGCAGAACAUCAUACCGUGGGUUCUUUCCAUCGCUGUGAACGGUCAAACUAUAUGCAUCGGGUCCAGAGCCCAAGGACGAGUCGUUACAACCAUAAAUCUCGCGCACACACUGUACACUCAGCUACACGCACCACCCGGGGGAAACAAUAACGGCUUCCAGUUUCAGCGUCCCGCGGAAAACGCCGUACAGCCAGUGCCACCGUAUCGUCCCGAAGUGGAAGUUCCGCAAACAAAUCAACCGUGGUUUCCACAACCUCAAACGGUACGACCAAUUCAUGUUCAACAAAAACCAAUUGAACAAAGACCUGUAACUCGUCCUGCUAUUACGCGACCAGAUCAGUCUAUAAGCUACCAACGCCCUGAACGACCACCUGUAGAACAGACUUCACAAUUCGUAUGCGGCAAGACACCGAGUUCACUGAAUAGUCUUUCCAUAAACGGCGAGCGAGUGGUGAAAGGACAAUUUCCAUGGGUUGUUCCAUUAUUCGAUCGCACGCAACGCCUUAAUCCGAAAUAUAUCUGCGGCAGUACAAUAAUCACUAAACAGCACCUUAUUACAGCCGCUCAUUGCGUGUACGAGCUGAACGAAUUAAGAAAACCAUCACGGCUUCUGGCCAUGCCGGGUUUGUACAACAUUGAUAAUUUUUUGGAUGAAAACGCACAAACCGCGGAAAUUGCGGAGAUUGUUCCACACGAAGAGUACGUCGUCGAUGGCGAUGAUUUGAAGGAUAAGGAUGUGGCAGUUCUCCGGUUAAAAGUUGAACUCGUGUUUUCGAAUUACAUCAUACCGAUCUGUCUUUGGCAGGACGAUAACGAUUUAUCAAAAGUCGUUGGUGAAGAAGGCAUCGUUGCCGGUUGGGGCAUAACCGAAACUGGCAGUACCUCCUCCUUUCCUACCUUCAUCAGGUCUUUAAUAGUGACACGUCAGGAGUGCAUAAGGAAUCUGAAACGAACGUAUCCAAGCGCUUGGCCGAUAUUCUGUGGCGAUGGUCGGGGGUCUGUUCCGUGUAAAGGCGACUCCGGGAAUGGCCUUGUGGUGAAACGGAAUAACCAAUACUUUCUCCGCGGCGUUGUCUCGGUGGGCCAGUACGACAGCAACGCCAACACAUGCAACGUAAAUGCUUUUACGGUAUACACCGAUGUUGCAUUGUUACGGUUUUGGUUGAGAACAGUGACCGGCUAGAAAUGGUUCAUCGACGACAAAGGAUUGCCCCUCUUAGUGAGCAACAUCAUCUAUGGGAUGGUCGAGCCUUGCCAUGUAAAUAGAAGCCUUCAGACUGCAUUAAAUUAGUCGAUAGUUUGUUCCAGAAUAACUUAUAAGCGAGAAGAAAUAAAGAAUGUGCGUUGUUUUAAGUAUUACUACAACAAAUUGUUUUUAAAUAUUAUGAAAAUAGUCGAUUGCCAUUGUAAUUCAUGAAAUGCAGGUUUCGAAAGUGAUACGUAUAGCCGGAUUGAGGGUGGGGGAGGGACCCCCGCAAAAGUUUACUUCUAAUGACACAUGAUUAAAUACAAAAAAAAACAUGUUGCUUUAAAACAACCGAAUUUCCAGUAAAACUUACAUAAUCCUUUUAUAACCUUUCUUUCAACUUAUAUUUUUGUAUGACUUAUUCCUCUAUUGACGAAUUCAACAAAUGAAAAAGGUGCCAAAAGUUGCUUGGCCCCUGGGCCCCGCAAUCCUUAAUCCGACCGUGGUAAUACGUAUUGCUAUUGUGUCGUAAUGAUAAAAUUUUAGAUUGUUUUUUUUUUUAGCAUUUUGGCAUGCAGUAUUCUAAGUCAGCGGUUCUCAAUCUGGAGUACGCGUACCCCUAGGGGUACGCAAAAUCCUUCAUGGAAUACGCGAAAGAAAAAUCAGUAAUGGCCGACAAAGCCCAUUUUCUCUAUAACACUUCAUUUGUUGUUCAAACUUGCUCUUUAAACAUGACUGUAGCAAUUAAACAAACCAUAGUUUAAUUUGAAACCUGAACUAGACUACCACAACAUGUUUCUCCCACUCUGCGAGAACAUUCCAUGUCAGGAGGUACAAUUGAGUUGGAAAAUAUCGCCAAGGGGUACACGCAUGAAAAAAGGUUGAGAACCGCUGUUCUAAGUAAAAUGAAAAUGCGCCCUCCCUUACCUACUAUUCUACGUUCCGAUUCUUGGAGUAAGCUCAAAUAUGUUUAGAUAAAAUAUAAGUCAGGGGGAAUAUUGCGGUUUUAUUUUUUUAAAACGGACUACAUGCCGAUAUACCAGAACAUCCAAAACCAGAAUCGUCGAUUGAAUGAAAUUCUAGAGUUUCAACAAGUAAAUAGAGUAUUCUGGGGGAAAAGUUUGCAUUCAACUGUUGCCGCAACAACCUCUAAAACAUUCAGAAAACUCGGUGUUAUUGCUAAGUCAUGCAAACAUCAUGUACUGUAUGAGUAACUAUAAUUUCCCGAAUUUAAUGUGUAAUUAGAGAAUCCCAUUUUUCAAUGAAUAAAUACUCGCAUUGAAUGCACAACGUGACCACUCGUGAA